UAUAUUAGGUAUAGUUCAGGGGAGUAAAUUGAACUUUUCUGUAUAAUUAACUGAAUUUUCACCGACAAAUUGAAUUAGCUUCCACUGCCAUUGAUCACUCUAAUCACAGAUUCACACACAUUACAGUGUGUAAAAAUAGUAUAUAUAAUUCGAUCCCCGCGCUCACACUUACUUCCAACCAACAAUUGAUAACCAUUAACACCUUUUUUUUUUCGUUGAACAACCACCGGAGAAAUCACCAGAGAAUGGGUUCCCUUUCUCUGCAAUUCCCGAUCGCCGAAGAAGACGAUGAAGAAACGAAUUUAUCGAAAUCGAAAUUGGACAAGGCCAAUUUGCUCAACCUAUUCAAAUGCCAACAGAAUUACCUCAACCAUUUCUUCCAGAAUCUCGACAUUUCCCAAACCCUAGCCUUCACGGAGACGCUCCUGAACGCCAAGGGGACAAUUUUCUUCUCCGGCGUGGGGAAAUCGGGGUUCGUGGCGCAGAAGAUUUCGCAAACCCUAGUCUCGCUCGGUAUUAGAUCCGGUUUUCUAUCGCCGGUCGACGCGCUCCACGGCGACAUCGGCAUUCUGUCGUCGAGAGAUUUGCUGGUUCUGUUCAGUAAGAGCGGGAAUUCCGAGGAGCUGCUGAAGCUCGUGCCGUGCGCGAAGACGAAGGGGGUUUACUUGAUUUCCGUGACGUCCGUGAAGCCCAACGGCCUGAUGCGCGUGUGCGAUCUGAACGUGCAUUUGCCGCUGGAGCGCGAGCUCUGCCCGUUCGAUCUGGCGCCGGUGACUUCAACGGCGAUCCAGAUGGUGUUUGGGGAUACUGUUGCCAUCGCACUUAUGGGGGCUAGGAAUCUCAGUAAGGAACAGUACGCCGCGAACCACCCCGCUGGCAGGAUCGGAAAAAGUCUGAUUUUCAAGGUGAAGGAUCUUAUGAAGAAGAAACAAGAGCUUCCCGUUUGCAGGGAACACGAUUUAAUAAUGGAUCAACUUGUAGAGCUGAGCAGUAAAGGUUGUGGGUGCCUUCUUGUUGUAGACGAUGACUAUCAUCUGCUGGGUACAUUCACCGACGGUGAUCUUAGGCGUACGUUGAAAGCCAGUGGUGAAGGAAUCUUUAAGCUCACUGUCGGAGAGAUGUGUAACAGGAACCCUAGGACAAUCGAUCCUGAUGCAAUGGCAGUCGAAGCAAUGCAGAAGAUGGAGGCCCCACCUUCACCGGUUCAGUUCUUGCCCGUCAUUAAUGAUUCAAACGUCGUAAUUGGUAUUGUUACAUUGCAUGGAUUGGUUUCUGCCGGCUUGUGAUAUUUUUAUUUUUUUGCAGUUGCCAUAUUAUAUUGCUCUCUCCGCACUCUCUACUUACUAUUUAUACAUUCGUUUGUUAUUCGUUGUAUUCUUUCCUAAGUCUGUACGAGAAAAUAGCGUUGAUUGACCUGUAUUCGUCGGAGCUUUAUGCUUCUUAAUAGUCUGUAUAUUUGGAAUUGAUAAAUAAAGAUGAUGUAUUAUAUAUAAUUCAAUUAUUUUUAGUUACUGUAGUUUUAAGAAUGUCUGAUUGAUCUUAAGGGGUUUGGAAGAAGAUGUGUUCUUGUAUUGUUAUAUAUUACAGUUGUUA